CCAGCCGGCGGGCGCGUAUAAAAGCACGCGGCCGGGCGCACGUGCUUCGAGCCCCGGUCCUCGACCAGCAGAGGAAGCUUCUGCGAGACCACCGCUUUGGAACAAGAGGAUGACCAGGACGGCGCGGCUGCUGCUGCUACUCGUGCUACCGCUGCUGGCCGAUGCGUCGAGUGCAGAGCAGACGUCCUCGCAGCGUCGCUGCGGCCGAGUUUUGCGAGAGUUCAUGGAAUUUGUCUGCGACGGUGUCAUCUACGAUCCGUACGAGUCGGCAGCGCCCAAGAGGGCGCUCUUCGGCCAGCGGUUCUUGAUGCCCGGAGAGAAGAGCCCUGCCUUGGGAUUUCUACGCCCCGAGAUGGCCAACCAGCUGUUGGGGAAGCGGAAUUCGCAGAGCGGCAUUGUGUUUGAAUGCUGUUACAAGGCGUGCAGCCUCGCAGAAGCGCAGAACUAUUGCCCGUCGUAGGCGGAAUCGACGUGAAUCGUGAACUCUACUCAUCAGAUGUUCUCGGGACAAACAAGAGACGCUGGCGUAAAUGGCGCGAAAGAUAAAAUGACGUACCCUCCCUUUGCGGUGGAUUCACUCGUCGCCUUGACUCGUGACAUUCAGCUGCUUUCUGCGCAGUAAAAAAAAAGAAGAAACGCCCGGCCUGCGCGGAAAGCGCAGCACAGUCACAGCGAAAACUGGAAGAGCGACAUUUCUAGAUUCCGUUGUAAAUUUUCUUGGAGGCUACUAAUACAAGUACGCUAGCAACGUAC